GGGGACAGGCUAAGGAACCUCAAGCCAGGGUGUAGCAUUACCCCUGACCUUUAUGGGGGGCACCACCAGCACCCGCCUGCCCCCCCCCAAAUAAAAAUGGAGGAGAAAUCACCCCAAAUCCCAGCUGCUGUACCCCAGUUUACCAACUGCCCCACUAUGGUGAUCCUGGUGGGGCUACCAGCCCGUGGCAAGACCUAUAUCUCCCGUAAGCUCACUCGGUAUCUCAACUGGAUUGGGACACCAACACGGGUGUUUAAUGUGGGGCAGUACCGGAGGGAAGUGGUGCAGAGCUAUAAGAGCUAUGAGUUCUUUCGACAUGAUAACCAAGAAGCCAUGGAGAUUCGGAGGCACUGCGCACUGGCUGCCCUUAAGGACGUCCACACUUACCUAAGCUCUGAAGAGGGGCAAGUAGCAGUGUUUGAUGCCACCAACACAACACGGGAACGCCGGGCCCUGAUCCUGCAGUUUGCAAAGGAGAAUGGCUACAAGGUUCUGUUUGUCGAGUCCAUUUGCGAUGAUCCCGCCAUCAUCGAGGAGAACAUCAAGCAAGUGAAGCUGAGCAGCCCCGACUACAAGGGCUGUGCCCAGGACGAGGUGGUGGCCGACUUCCUCAAGCGCAUUGAGUGCUACAAGGCCACCUACGAGCCCCUGGAUGAGCAGCUGGAUAGUGGGUUGUCCUACAUCAAGAUCUUCGACGUGGGGCUGCGGUACCUGGCGAACCGGGUGCAGGGGCACAUCCAGAGCCGCACCGUGUACUACCUGAUGAACAUCCAUGUCACCCCGAGGGCCAUCUACCUCAGCCGCCAUGGGGAGAGCCAGCUCAACCUGAGGGGGCGCAUUGGGGGGGACUCAGGGCUGUCCCCACGGGGGCAGCAGUACGCGCGGGCUCUGGCCGAGUUCAUCCGCAGCCAGAGCAUCCGGGAGCUGAAGGUCUGGACCAGCCACAUGAAACGCACCAUCGAGACGGCCGAGGCGCUGGGGGUGCCCUACGAGCAGUGGAAAGCCCUCAAUGAGAUCGAUGCGGGGGUCUGCGAGGAGAUGACCUACGAGGAGAUCCAGGAGCGCUUCCCGCAGGAGUUCGCGCUGCGGGAUCAGGACAAGUAUCGCUACCGCUACCCCAAAGGCGAGUCGUACGAGGACCUUGUGCAGCGGUUGGAGCCCGUCAUCAUGGAGCUGGAGCGGCAGGAGAACGUGCUGGUGAUCUGCCACCAAGCCGUGAUGCGCUGCCUGAUGGCGUACUUCCUGGAUAAGAGCGCGGACGAGCUGCCCUACCUCAAGUGCCCCCUACACACGGUGCUCAAGCUGACCCCAGUGGCUUAUGGGUGCGAAGUGGAGUCCAUCUUCCUCAACGUAGCAGCAGUGAACACCCACCGGGAGCGGCCCCAGAACGUCGACAUCAGCCGCCCCCCAGCCGAAGCACUGGUCACUGUUCCUGAGCAUUAUUGAGGGGGUCCCCCUCUCACACUGGGGGGGCCUCCCCAAAUUAAACCUGGCCUUAACGAAGA